ACAAUGUACCUUCAAUAGAGACUAUGCAAUUGCCAACAUUAGCGAGUGGUCCAUUAUGCCCAAAAACGAAGACGCACUUGCAUUUGCCCUGUGGAAGGUCGGUCCCAUUCCAGUCAGUAUAAAUGCGGCACCCAAAUCAUUCCAGUUGUAUAGCAAUGGUAUUUACGACGAUGAAGCUUCGUGUGAUAACUCCAAAGUGAACCACGCGAUGCUCCUGCUCGGAUACACCAAAGACUACUGGAUACUGAAAAACUGGUGGGGCAGCUGGGGAGAGGAUGGCUAUAUGAGGCUGGCACGUGGCAAAAAUCUAUGUGGCAUCAGCAACUACGCGGGCUACGUUACGGUUUAAGUGGUCGCUAGUGAUGUUCUGUAACAACGAAUAGCCAACAACGUUAUUACAGAUCUUGAAAAUAGAUAUAACCAAAUUUUAAUGUAAUGUUCGUUGUAUUUUUGGGGGAACAAGUAUUAUAAUACAUCAAUUAAAG